AUGGAAAAGAAAGCCCUCAAACUUUGGGUUGUUCUUCUCUUUCUCUCCUAUGUUGUAUAUGCUGCUGCUGUUCCUGCAACCAGAAUCCCCAUGACCAAGAGUGUUGAAGCAUUAUUGCUUGAAGAUCAUACUAAGGAGGAAAGGAACCAGAAGGAGGUCUUUGAGACGAAGGAAGAAGCUGAAGAGGGAAGAAUGAUUUUGGAUAUUGCGGAUUACCCUCCAACAGGACCAAAUCAUUCUCAUACCCCAAAAUCCCCUGGAAAACCUUAA